AUAACUGAGCUUUCAAAGUUGAUCACCCGAGAGUUUCUCGAUUCUCCGUUUUCAGUAGAAACCGAUCGUUGGCCUUUUUUUCUCUUUGCAAUUCCAUAGAAGCGAUCAUCCUGUACCACCAUGAGGCUGUCGCCGUGCUGGAUCAUACUUCUCAUCUGUGUCGCCGCGCGACUACUGUCCGUUCAAGGGGCAAACGCCGGAGAUGCGACGCGCCAUCGGCGGCUCAACGAGUCGGCUUCACCGAGUCUCGCUCCGGACAAGCUCCUCCAAUCUAGCCGGCGGGAGCUGCGCGCCGAGCGAGGCACGCAGCGGACUCCCUUUUCUGCUCGACUUCCUUCGAAAGCGUUGUUGACUAGAAUAAAAGUUCCACUACCAGCCGAAAGGCCUUCUUACCCAAGUGCGGUGGGGCGAAGCUCCACUGGACAUGCUGAAAGGCAGAAUGUCACCUUGUGUGUUGCUCCACACUUACUGUACCCAACCUUCCUUUUUUUCUGUGUCGAUUGACUUGUCCGCUUCUGGCAAAAGACGCCUCUUGCAGUUCUUUAUGCAGUGUAUGUCCGUCCUCCGACUAAGAACGUGAACGCUUGAGCGAAAUGUAGGCAGGUUGUAACACGUGUGAACAUAUUCGACACCGCGUCUCCCCGUCAGUCGCGCCUUUUUUAAAGCAUACACAUCGCGGGCGACGUGCGUCUGGGCCUCGCCGUCAUGAAGUCGAUCGCAGCGACGUGCGCAUUAAUAGCCCUAAUCGUGCUCCUUCCGCACGCCGAUCCCAUCGCGCCUCGAACCAGCCUCACAGCAGAAGGAAGAGCCACGGCGCCGCUCGAUCAGGUCUCAAUUUCAUCUGACGCCGCCAUUUCCGCUGCUGGACACGUGGAGCGUGCGCUUGGCGCGCAAGCAGGGCGGCGCGAGGAGCUUCAGGUGGCGGCGAAGCGGAAAGUGAAGUGUUCGAAGCCGGGCACGGGCGUGUGCGCCAUGUCCGGUUACCCCGGCUGCCAGAAGCCCCGCGUCUACUGCGGCGGCGCGUGCUGCAUCGACACGCACGAGUACUCGUGCUGCGGCGGCAUCAUGUGCUGCAAGGUGGGCGCGUGCUUCCGCAAUGUCACCACGCGCACGUGGGGCUGCUGCCCCAUCGGCUCCAAAGCCUGUGGCGGGCCCAAGCCGGGCAGCAGGUGCUGCAAGCUGUAGGAGGAAGAAUGGAGCUGCAAGGUUGUAGGGAGGGAGAGUAUAGGUGCAGGGGGGGGGGGGGGGGGGGGGGGGGGGGGGAAGAGGGGGGAAAGCGUGCGGCCGGAUGGGGAAGACACUGGCCGUGGAGCGCAUGCUAUGUGCUAAUGCAGCCUGGCAGUAGAGAAGGCCCUUUACAUGCCCACUUCAAGCUGACACUGCUCCCCUCAUUGCGCAUGCCAUCACAAGGGAGAAUCUCUAUAUAUUGGACGUAUCAGCGUGGCAUGAGAGAUACCUAGUAUAAAAUAGCCAAGCUUUCUUGCAUUUUGGCUGUAUGGAUAUAAUAGCAUCUACUUCCAUCCCUUCAUAGUGCACAACAUAUUGAGCAGA